AUGUCUAGGCAACAAGAUCCCUGUCUCGUAUGCACUGUUACCGAGCGAACCAGCUACCAUUUUGGUGCUCAGUCUUGCAUGGCAUGUGCUUCGUUUUUCCGACGAACUGUUUCUUUUGGAAUCAGAUUUUUGUGCAAAGCCAAUAAUGAUUGUGUGAUUUCUCCAGAUAUCAAAUUCAUUUGCCGGUCAUGCCGGUACAAAAAUUGUAUCAAAGCGGGAAUGAGAAGAGAACAAGUGCAGCAGAAAAAAGAUGAGCAGAAGAUGCCAAAAUACAUUUUGGAGUCACGGAAGUUGGGUGUUCAGGAAAUCGUUCGAGGAUACACCACAACUCGGAGCACUGGUAGUGUAACAUCUGGUAGUGAUAGUCCAACAAACUCAACAAGAUCCAACUCUCCUGAAUUUUCUCCAUGCAUAUCCACUAAUGGUGUAUCUGAAACUAUAUACGAUAUAUCAUCAGAAGAAAAAUCGGAUUUGGAAAAUGAGCAAUUCAGCACGAUUCUCAAUGCAAAACAUGAUGAGCUGCUACAGUACUACGUGAAGCAAAUUGAGAGAGCAACGGUAAUGAGACAAUGCGAGUUACCAGAGGACGCUUAUCAACAGUUUCUUGUCUCCAAGAAAAUCAACGAUCAACUAGCACUAGACAUUUGCCAAACCUGUCCUGGCACGGAUCUACUUGAACAAGCUGACCUCGAUGUACUCUUCCGUUAUUGCUCAUUCUCUAGUCUUUGGAUGGACUCUGCAUGGCUUACUGUCUCCAGUAGUACUUCAAAUGACAUUGUUGGCGGAGAUACUGUAACGACAAACCGAAAGGUCCUUGGAUACGAAAAUGGAUACGAAAAGGGUACAGAAGGCACAGAAUUGUCUAGUACGCUUAUCAACUUCAUCCUCCGUUUCCAUUCUAGUAUCACUACGGAGCUUUCACGACUUCAACUCGAUGUUUUCGAAUAUGCUGCCCUGAAAUCAUUUUGCAUUUGGAAACUGGCUCUUUUGGAUUCAACUCUCACGUUGAAAAUUGUAGCUCACGAGCAAUAUUCCGCAGUGACAAGCGCAAUUAGCAAGUAUUACCAUUACGACAAAAAUAUGGAUGCGAGUGAAGUCGCAACCCGUCUUGGUGAUAUCACACUUAUCCUAGGCUCUAUUUUCAAUGUCUAUCAAGACAUGCUUCAAAUGUACCAAGUCCUGGAAGUCGAUCUCUCUAUCGAAAAUUGA